GAUAAGGAGAAUGCGUUAUAGAUCCCCAUUCAGGUGGUAGAGGUUAUAGAGCAAACUAGUAGUAAAGCCGUAAUAAAAUCAAACAACAGACGAUAGCACGCCGAGCUAUUAGACGAGAAACGCUCGUUAAACUCGGUCAAAUUCAUAUUUUCAGAUGAGCGAAUUAAAUUAAUAAUUCGGAACUGCGAAGAGACACCUGUUUGGCGAUGUUGUAGGUGUAGGUCAGUGAUCGGUAGAAGUAUAAAACGAUCUGUCGUCGAACUCAGAGACCAGUAAUCAAUAGCACCUUCAGCAAAAUCAGCACUGAAAUGUUCAAGAGCGCGCUUAUCAUUUCCCUGUUCCUGGUGGCAGUCACCCGAGCUGCAGAUGAGUCCCAAUCACAAACCACCAAGUACCUGAAUGACAUCAAGCCAGAUGGCACCUACAGCUGGGAAUUCGGAACCUCGAACGGAAUCGACGCCCAGGAGAGUGGUCUGGGUGGAGUUCAAGCUGCUGGAUCAGUGAAAUACACGGCUCCCGAUGGUUCACCUAUCCAGCUGGAGUAUACGGCCGAUGAGAACGGAUAUCGUCCCACUGGUGCCCAUCUGCCCACGCCACCUCCUACUCCAGACUACAUCCUCAAGGCUCUGGCCUACAUCGAGGCCCAUCCCUUCAAAAGAAUCCAGCUGAAGAACUAGUCUAUAAAUAUAAGAUUUAGGUUAAAUAGGUUUAGCAAAAUAAUGUACAUAAUAAAAUACAUUUAAGAAUUACAA